AGCUUAGGUUCUCACAGGUUCUUCCUGCUCCCACAGUCACUGCUGCUGCUUCUUCAGCCUUGCCGCGUGCACCAUGCAGCCUCCUCGCCUCCUCCUCUUCCUCUUCCUCGUAAUCCUCCUCCCUGGGAUGUGGGCAGACCCAGAGGCAGAGCCACAGGUUAUCCAGUACCUCCUGACUAGCCUCUUUGCCAACAUCAGCUCUGCUGAGGUGUCAUGUGUGGCACUCGUAGGGGACAUAGCUAUCUUAACACUGGAUCCAGCCAACUGGAGCAUCCACUUCUAUUGGCCCUGGGUCAGCCAGGCUGCAGCUGAAGGCGACGGGGAAAAGAUAAUGUCCCAGUACAAAAUUGUUCUGCGCAAUAUGAUCCGAUUUGUGCACGACACAGUUCAGCAGACAAAACAGCAUUACCCAUUGGUGGUUCAGAUCCGUGCAGGCUGUGUGCUGUACCCCAAUACAACGAGCCAGGGCUUCCUCAAUAUUGGCUGGGAUGGCAGAGACCUCGUAGCUUUUGAGGUAGAUAAACAGGGCUGGGAGGCCCGACAGCCAUCCCAGGUGGCAGAGCUGGUCAGCAAGAGCCUCAACAGACAGAAGUCUCUCAGAAUACUCCUGGAGUAUCUUCUCUCUAUCUGGGUAUGCCAGAGCAACUUCCUCACCCUGAAGAAGUAUGGGAAGGAAAUUCUAGAGAGACAAGAGCUGCCUGUGGCCACGGUCUUCGCCCGCACCCCCAGCCUAGACCAGCUGCUGCUUGUUUGCCAUGUCACUGGCUUCUAUCCCCGUCCCAUCAGCGUGGCCUGGCUGCGGGAUGGCCAGGAGGUGCCUCCAGGCCCAGCGCUCAACACCAGCACCAUCCUGCCCAACGCUGACCUUACGUACCAGCUCCGCAGCAUCCUGGCCGUGGCCCCCCGUGAUGAGCACAGCUAUGUCUGCCGUGUGCGCCACCACAGCCUGGGCACCCGCAGCCUUCUCAUCCCAUGGGAAAACCGCAGCACAGCUCCAACCAUCAGCAUCACUGUUGCAGUGCUGCUUCUUGUGGCCACAGCCUUUGCUGGGGGAUUUUGGUGGUGGAAGCGCAGUUUUUCUCAGGAUGUAUCCCAGAAAGGAGUAUCCCCAGAUGGUGGGGUCCAGCUUCCGAAAGAAGAAAGAAGUCUCCCAGCUGGUGAGGUCCAGGGUCCAGAUGCGGGUUCACCUUUUAAUUGCAAGGACUAUAAAUCUCAUACCAGUGAUGUCCAGCUUCCCUUGGUCGAAACUAUCAAUCCUGGAGUUGAUGUUCAUCUUCCUUUCUCAAGCUUUUCCAUAUUUUGUUAAGGCAUCGAGAUAAGCAUGUUUCCUUUUUAUAUAUUCUAAAGCUAUAGUUUUAAAGAUCCUUACUACAAGCAAUAUUUUAAAACUAUACUUCAAAAGGUUAUUAUUGCAAAACUCAUUUUAGCUAGAAGCAGAAAGUUCCUGUCAAACAGCAACAUCCUUAAAGCUUUAAUUCAAAUGCUCCUAAAUCAACUUAAGACUUAUAAAGGUUAAUUGCAAACAAAGGAUAGGUUCAAAAGCCUUCUUCCGUGCUUUACUUCCUCAGUUAUUUAUUAGAAUUGUCUUUAUAACUGUCCCACGGUCAGUUUCCACACAUAUCACAAUCACAGAUACACAGGUUGCCUGUAUGUACC